AUGGUCAGCGAAAGUUUGAGCGAGUCUCAGACGGAACAAGAGUCUCCGAAGCCGCAUUUUUGGCUGAAACGUAGUCACAAGGAGGGUCUGGUGGUUUUGGACAGAUCAUCGCCACGGUUCGAUGACGAUCUUCAAGAAUACAACUGCCAUGAGCCCUCGAAACAAUUAAUCAAACACAUUAUUCGCAAGACCGCGAGCUACGUGUCCCGGUCAAAAAGUCGAAAAAGCUCGCCAAUAUUGGGACCCCUGACCUAUAACGAAGCCUUUUUCACAAAAGAUGUGAACAGAGGAGAUAAACCGGGAGGCGUUCAAUGGAGCGACGAUUAUCUUAGGAAAUUAUACACCAAGCUCGAGAGUGGAAUCAUUCUUACCAAAGUGAGUCGCAAAAAACAGGUCGAACAACUUUUUUUCGUCAAAGGCGGGGUGCUCUCCUGGCGAGAUACUAAAAACAUCGAUCUAGAUUCUAUUAAGGAUGUGAGGACGGGAGACAUGGCGAAAAACUACAUUGAAGAUUACAAGGCUUCACAGGGUACAGCACAAAAUUGGGUCACCAUCAUAUACCAAACGGGUACCAAGUUUCGAGCAUUGCAUCUAGUCGCUCACAGUCCAGCCGACUACGAAUGUCUAUAUGUGGGUAUCGUCAGCUUGGUUGAUACAAGACGUCAUCUCAUGAGAAGCAUCACAGACCCAGAGGAUGAGAUGUUUGCGAAUGUUCAUUGGCGUGCAAGUGUCUCUGCGGAAAAAGCUGCGGACGACAUAGACGUACUUUCUUUUCAAGACGUGGAGGACUUGUGCGCCAAAUUUAAUAUAUUCUGCUCUCGCAAUCACUUACGGCGUCUUUUCGAUCUCGCUGACAUCAAUGGAAACGGCCUACUGAAUUUCACGGAAUUCCAAUGCUUUGUUCAGGAGUUAAAGGCUAGACCAGAGUUGAAUAGGAUCUGGCUUCGUGCGACAAGGGGUUCUGAGGAACUGCAUUUUGAGGAAUUUCAGAAAUUUGUAACCAAGAAUCAGCACGAAUCCUGGAGUGCAUCAAAAAUCAUGAAUGAGUUCGAGAGGUUUGGUCAUAGCAAUGGCAAAAUGAGAAUCGACGGGUUUCGGAAAUUUUUAGCCUCUCAGCCGUACUUGCACGAUAAUGAGACUGAUUAUUCGCUUCCCAUUAGCAAAUACUUCAUUUCCUCCUCGCACAACACGUAUCUUCAAGGUAAGCAACUGGCGGAAAAUCCAACAGUCGAGACCUACGUCCAUGCGUUGCAGCAGGGUUGUCGAUGCAUAGAAAUUGACGUAUGGGAUUCUGACGAGGGGCCUGUGGUUUGUCACGGCAAAUUAACUGGGUCAUUGCCUCUCGAAAAUGUCAUUAAGGUGGUACGGAAGUAUGCUUUCAUAGCUUCACCGUACCCGUUGGUCCUAUCUUUGGAAGUACACUGCAAACUUGCCAACCAGAUUUUAAUGGAAAGAACACUCCGAAAGGAGCUGGGCAGCAACAUAAUCAAUCACAAAUCCAAGGGCAUGCUUAUGUCCCCCACCGACCUGAGGCACACAUUUUUAGUCAAGGUCAAGAAGUCUAAGAGCGAGUUUAAAUCUUCGCAGGACGAAGAUUUUGCUUAUACUUCUUCCACGAGCUCAUCAUAUGAUUCUGAUAUUGAGGUGAAGAGGAGAUCGGGACGAAGGCUUAGCAUCUCGAAAAAAAUGCAUGUUAUAGACAGCCUUGUUUCGAUGUCAUUCAUUCACGGGCUCAAGUUCAGGAACUUCUCGUUGCCCGAAUCUAAGACAGAAAAUCACUGUUUUUCAUUGAAUGAGAAGAAAUUAGAGAAUCUUAUAAAAGACGAGUCUCAAAAACUGGCGGUCGAAAAGCAUAAUCGACGCUUUCUCAUGAGAGUAUAUCCGCACGCGUUUCGGUACAAAUCGUCGAACUUCAACCCAAUCAAGUUUUGGGAGCUUGGUGUACAGAUGGUUGCCACAAACUGGCAAACCUUUGAUCUUGGCCAACAGCUCAAUAAGGCCAUGUUCCAGCUUCCGCUUGAAGAGGGACCUUUAUGGCAUUCUGGUUAUGUACUAAAGCCAGAGUUUCUGUUAAACAGCGUGGCCAAAGCUGGCGACAUACAAGUGAUGCGCGCGGGCUUGGAUAAACGCAAGAUCGUGCUACGGAUAGAAAUUUUAUCUGCUCAGAUGCUCCCUAAACCGAAGGAUUUCAAGCAAAAGCAAGCAUUCCCCAAUUUUAGCGUGAACUUGAACGUUUACAGCAAUAACAAGCCGAUAAAAGCCCUAGAGAGUGACAAUGGAAUUGUACUAACGGAGACAUCUGGCUCUACCUCCAACUGCAGCGAAAACGGCGUCAACCCCAUUUGGGAAACUAGAUUCAAGAUUACGCUUGAUGAUAGCUUCUUCAAUUUUAUGCUGUUCAAAGUGAGAGCUGGCGACACUGAACUCGCCACCUGCUGCUCGAAGCUAGACUAUCUACGACGGGGGUAUAGACAUCUUCCUCUUUACAACGAGAGUGGCGAGCGCUACAUGUUUUCGACUCUUUUCAUUCGAGUUGACUAUAACUACGAAUAG